AUGAGCACCAGAGAAUUCUUACUCGAAGACCCUGUAACAAUACGCGGUCAUCAGAAAGCCAGUGCCGGAAUUGAUGUCAGAACCGAUUAUCACUACCCUUAUGAUGCUGCGAUCCACACUCUCAAUACUAAUCAAAUCUUCAAUCAAGAGCCGGACUCUCUUUCGAUGGAGGCAACGGAAACAAACUUGCCAGUCUCAUCCGCUUUUACACAUUCGAUCACACCACGCCUUGCCUACUACGUCUCAACAGAAUACAAUAAACUACUUCAAUAG